CACGCUUUAAAGACAGAAAACCCCCCGGAUCUUUUUCACACUAAAUCACACGCAGACACUUCAAAGAUCUUUAAAGAGAGAAAGGGACUAUGCAGAUUUAGACUUUAGAGAGAGUUCAUCAGUUAACUCUAGCUACAUACAUAUCUGCAUUCGUCUUAUACAUACGCAUCUAAGUGUAGUAGUGAUGUAUGACUGAGAAACCCUAGAUGAUAAAAGGGUUUGGUUUAGAAUUACUAAUGUGUGAUUGAGUACAGAUCCGAGUGAUGGAGGAGGUAACAGGCGACGGCGGUAUGAUAGGAAUGAGGGAUGCGAUGGAGAAUAGCGGCGGCAAUGUACGGCCUCCGAUGGGUGAGACGACGACGUUUAUGAUGUCGGGAUCUUUCAGGGAAGGAGUAGGAGGUGGGAGGAGCUCAGGUAGCGGUAGUCGUAGGAGAGCUAUGGUGAGACCCAGCUUAGACGCCGACGAGUUUAUGAAUCUGCUACACGGAUCGGAUCCGGUGAAGGUCGAGCUUAAUCGGUUGGAAAAUGAAGUUAGAGAUAAGGAUCGAGAAUUGGGGGAAGCACAGGCGGAGAUCAAGGCCCUCAGGCUAUCUGAACGAUUAAGGGAGAAAGCUGUUGAAGAGCUAACUGAAGAAUUGUCAAAGGUGGAUGAGAAGCUGAAGUUGACAGAAUCUCUUCUAGAAAGCAAAAAUCUUGAAAUCAAGAAAAUCAAUGAUGAAAAGAAAGCAUCAAUGGCAGCUCAAUUUGCAGCAGAAGCCACUCUGCGAAGAGUUCAUGCUGCUCAAAAAGAUGAUGACAUGCCACCAAUUGAAGCCAUUCUUGCACCAUUGGAAGCUGAGCUCAAACUUGCUCGACAAGAGAUUGCAAAGUUACAAGAUGACAACAAAGCAUUAGAUAGAUUGACCAAGUCAAAGGAAGCUGCUUUACUUGAAGCUGAAAGGACUGUUCAAGUUGCAUUAGCAAAAGCUUCAAUGGUGGAUGAUCUUCAAAACAAGAAUCAGGAGUUGAUGAAACAGAUAGAAAUUUGUCAGGAGGAAAAUAAAAUUAUGGAUAAAAUGCAUCGACAAAAGGUUGCUGAGGUGGAAAAGCUUACACAGACUGUACGUGAGCUUGAAGAAGCUGUUCUUGCUGGUGGUGCUGCUGCAAAUGCAGUGAGGGAUUACCAACGCAAAGUUCAAGAAAUGAAUGAGGAAAGAAAAACCCUAGACAGAGAAUUAGCACGUGCAAAAGUUACAGCAAAUAGAGUAGCAACAGUGGUUGCUAAUGAAUGGAAAGAUUCUAAUGAUAAAGUCAUGCCAGUAAAACAAUGGCUUGAAGAAAGAAGGUUCUUGCAGGGUGAGAUGCAACACUUGCGCGAUAAGCUAGUGAUAACCGAACGUGCUGCGAGAUCUGAAGCACAGUUAAAAGAAAAGUUUCAAUUGAGACUUAGAGUGCUGGAAGACACAUUGAGGUCGCCAAAUCCUAUGAAUCGAAUCGGUUCAUCGGAUGGAAAAAGCAUGAGCAACGGUGGUCCUUCACGCCGCCAGUCUCUAGGUGGAGGAGGUGACAAUUUUACGAAAAUGCCCUCGAAUGGUUUUUUGCAUAAAAGAUCACCAUCUUUUCAGAUGCGGUCUUCUGGUUCAAGUUCUGUUUUGAAGCAUGCCAAGGGUACAUCCAAGUCAUUUGAUGGUGGCACUAGAUCAAUUGACAGGGGUAAAGUUGGUAAUAGUCCUACUUUUAAUAUUGGGUUGUUGUAUGAUUUGUUGCAAAAAGAAGUGAUUUCUUUGAGGAAAUCUGGACAUGAGAAGGAUCAAAGCCUUAAAGACAAAGAUGAUGCCAUUGAGAUGCUAGCUAAAAAAGUAGAUACAUUAACAAAAGCUAUGGAAGUUGAAGCAAAAAAGAUGAGAAGAGAAGUAGCUGCAAUGGAGAAAGAGGUAGCUGCAAUGCGUGUUGAUAAAGAACAAGACAAUAGGCAAAAACGCUUUGCUUCUUCAAACUCAAAGCCUUCUUCUAUAAAUAGGAAUGUGACACGUGGUGGGUUGACAAGGAGUACCCAAUAACAUUACAGAGACAGAGACCUCUCCAUCUUUCUUGUUUACCAUUUUACUAUUUUACCCUUGCUGUGAAGAUAUGGAAAAAAAGAAAAAGAAAAAGAAAAGGAGUUGGUGAAAAUGGUAUUGGUUUGUUGUGACUAAUCGGUAGAAAUGAAGGAGAAAGGACACCAUUGAAGAAGCCGAGCUAACAUUUUGGCAGUUGUAUGUAUAUUUUGUUAGUAUUCCUAUCAUGAUUGUGGGUUGUCUUUUUACAGAUAUAUAUAUUUUUUAUAUAUGAUUUAGCAGUUAUAAAUUU